UGGGCCAACUAAAAAUAUUAAUGGGCCUUUUGCCGCUUUGAAAUCUCCCUCUCCCUCUCUCCUUGUUGCUUCUGUCUUCAUCGAUGGAUCAACCAACACCAGAUCGGAGCAAGCGACAAUGGAAAUUCUCGACGUUCGUCUACUUUUCAUCGAUCUUAUUCCUUCUUCUUUCCAUAUUCGUACUCGACUUCACUACGACUGAUCUCUACAAAUUCCAAAGUCUGAGAUUCACCUUCACAGCGAACCGCAUCUAUAGCUAUCUUCAAUUUCUUCUAGGGUUCUACAACGGAACUCCCGAUUCCAAUUCCGAAACGGUGAACCCAGGUUCUUCUACGUCCCAUUGCGUGUUAUGGAUGGCACCUUUCCUCUCGAGUGGUGGUUAUAGCUCAGAAGCUUGGUCUUACAUUUUGUCACUUCGUCGAAAUCUCACACACCCGAGAUUUCGAAUCACCAUCGAGCACCAUGGCGAUCUGGAAUCGGUGGAGUUUUGGAAUGGUUUAGCUAAGGAGACUAAAGAGCUAGCGGUGGAGUUGUACAGAACACAGUGUAGACCCAAUGAGACGAUCGUUGUUUGUCAUAGCGAGCCUGGCGCUUGGUAUCCACCAUUGUUCGAGACUCUUCCUUGUCCUCCCACUGGUUACGAAGAUUUCUUAUCUGUGAUUGGUAGAACAAUGUUUGAGACUGAUAGAGUCAAUCCAGAGCAUGUAGAGCGAUGUAACCAGAUGGAUCAUGUUUGGGUUCCUACUGAGUUUCAUGUCUCUUCUUUCGUACAAAGUGGGGUUGAUUCUUCUAAGGUUGUCAAGAUUGUGCAGCCUAUUGAUGUUGCCUUCUUCGAUCCGUCAAAGUAUGAGCCUUUGGAUCUGAUGGCGAUUGGGGAUUUGGUUUUGGGUUCCAAGAUGAAGAACUCGGGUUUGGGGUUUGUGUUCUUGAGUGUGUUUAAGUGGGAGCAGAGAAAAGGUUGGGAUGUGUUGUUGAAAGCUUACCUGAGAGAGUUCUCUGGUAAAGAAAGUGUUGCUCUGUUUUUGUUGACAAACGCAUAUCACUCGGAUAGUGAUUUCGGGAACAAGAUUCUAGAUUUCGUAGAAGAACUGAAUAUAGAAGAGCCUAGAAAUGGUUACCCUUUUGUGUAUGUGAUUGACAAACACGUAGCUCAAGUUGAUUUGCCUCGGUUGUACAAAGCGGCUGAUGCGUUUGUCUUGCCUACAAGAGGCGAAGGAUGGGGACGACCGAUAGUGGAAGCCAUGGCAAUGUCUUUGCCUGUGAUAGCAACAAACUGGUCAGGACCAACAGAGUAUCUGACAGAGCAGAAUGGUUACCCGUUGGUGGUUGAGGAGAUGAGUGAAGUAGAGGAAGGUCCUUUUGAAGGGCAUCAAUGGGCAGAGCCAUCUGUCGAUAAGCUUAGGGUUCUAAUGAGGCAUGUAAUGAGUAAUCCAGAUGAGGCUAAGGUUAAAGGAAAGCGUGGAAGAGAUGACAUGAUGCAGAAGUUUGCUCCUGAAGUUGUUGCUAAGGUUGUUGCAGAUCAAAUCGAGAGGAUCUUUGAUGAGAAAAUAAGAACAUGAAAGAUUUCACACUUUGCUUAGAUCAACUAAGAAAAUGAGAGGGAACAGCAUUGUAUUUUUAGUCAUGGGUUGUUGAUAAAAAAGCAAAUAUUGUCAAGAAGAGCUUAUUCUCUAGUUUCUUAUCAAAAAAGAACUUAGAAACAA